AUGGCAAUGAACCUCCGAGCAAAGAUUCCCGCCGAAGACACCCUCUGGGUGCACGAUGUCAAUACUGCUGCCACUGGGGAGUUCCUCAGGGCAAAUCCGAAGGGCGUCCGAGUUGCUGACAACGUCCGACAACUUGCCGAGAACGCUGUAUGUAUACUAUUUUACGUCUUCACUGCUCUUACGUGA